UUUCUUCUUCAAAGUGAACGGCUUCGUUCUCUGCGCUUGGUAUCAUCAAUAAUGGACGCUGGUUUUGGACCAUCGUUUGGUGGUUCGAUAUCCGGACGUAAUGUAUUUGCUGGCACGUCAGUGGCUGGCGACCUCAAUGUCCGAAUCAAUAACAUUGAGACAGUCCCUCAGCGUACUACGCCAGUCUGGAUGGUUCCAUUCCUUCCAGACGCAGACUUUGUUGAAAGACCGACAAUCUCCAGCUGGCUUACGGAGCGCCUCGUUGCGCCGCCGUACCGUGCUGCGCUGAUCGGCCUCGGCGGUAUUGGUAAAUCACAGCUUGCCAUACACCAUGCUUGUCAGAUCGCAAAAUCGAGCGACACCCAUGUCCUUUGGGUAUUUGCCAGCACCGUCGAGCGAUUCAAGAGCGCAUACCGGAAUAUAGCGCGGGACUUCAGAAUACCAGGCUAUGAUGCACAGAACGCACACGUGCUGCAAAUGGUUCAUAGCUGGCUGUGCGAUAAAAGCCACGGAAAGUGGCUCAUGAUUCUUGACAACGUCGAUGAUGCGCGGAUCUUGUCCACCAGACAAAACGACGAGGGAGAACCACUCUCUGCGUUCCUCCCUAUGAGCAGCAACGGCUCCUUCAUCAUCACAUCCCGCAGUCGAGAUGCCGCGUUCGAGCUGACGGGUGACAACAAAAACAUCUUCGUUGUCCCUGUCAUGGACGAAGGACUAGCGCUCCAGUUGGUCCGCCGGAAGCUCGGCGACAAGGACGAGCCUGCCAUAUUGGCUGAGCUGGUUAAGGAACUCGGAGGGGUACCGCUCGCGAUUACACAGGCUGCUGCAUACAUCGGCCGUCAAGCUCUCAUGUCGCCGACCAAGUACCUGGAUAAGCUUCGGCUUGACAGAAAGCAGAAGGCAAAGCUGCUCAAUCAAGGUGCCAAGGACAUGCGGAGGGACUAUACCGCCCAUAAUUCCAUCUUCGAGACAUGGCAGAUAACCUUUGAGCUCAUCUGGGAGGAGCAAAGGUCGGCAGCCUAUCUUCUUGCGUUCAUGAGCUUCUUCAGUGCGCAGAACAUUCCGAGCUGGAUGCUACAGCACUACGUGCCAGAGCAGCCCCAAGAAGACCAGCCUCCAGCGACAGCCAGCAGCAAUUCCUCCUCAGAAGCCUCACCCGUGUUCGAAGACGAUUUGACCUGUCUCACGGGAUACUCGCUGGUCGGGGUGGAUGAGGAAAAGGACGUGCUUGACAUGCACCCGAUGGUCCAAUUCUGCACUCAAGAGUGGCUCAAGUCAAAAGACAGGAAGCUGCCAACGCAGCGUUUAUUCUUCGACACCAUGUCCAGCAAGUAUCCCGCCCCCCUGAUAGAAAAUUUCGAUUUAUGCCUUAUGCUAGACCAACACCUGGGUCCGCUCGAAGACGAGCGGGAUACAGUGGAAGACGAUCUAGCAGUAAGCAUGGCGAAUGUCCUCGUCAAAGCGGGCUUCUUCCAAGCUCAAAAGUGUUCGCACCAGAGAGCAGUGACGAUGUUACAGAAGGCUGUUGGAAUACGGAGGAGGGUUCUGGGUCCCACCCACAACCUCACAGUCGAAAGUAUUUAUCAGGUGGGCUCAUUACUGCUUAUCUCGAAUCAGUUUGCAGAGGCAGAGAAGAAUCUACGCCUUGCACUGGAGUUGUCGAAAAAGACUCGGCCCCCGCAUGACAAAUUUACGCUGUUUUGCGUCAUCAAUCUCAAUUUGUCGCUUGAAGGUCAAGAGAAGUCGAAGAAGUAA